AUGCAUAUGGACCGCUACCUGAAGGGAUAUGCUUCGCCUUCCCAGAACUCUGUCAAGUUCUCCAACAAUGGGCGAUCGUUUGGAUCGACAUUCAUGGAAGUUUUCCACGAUUUCGGCCCAUUGGGAUGGAAGGCUGUUGUUUCCUGUCCAGGUGACCUAAACAUCAUCAGGGUGCUCAACCUCGUCAAAGUUGCUGGCCGUCUGGCUCAGAAGCAUCCACAUGGUCCUCCCCAGCGCAAACACCUCUGCCUCGGGGGCGAGUGUGGUUGCCGGUGCACCGUUUUACUCCCAGUCAAUGAGCAUUAGGUUCUCUUGGUCGUCAAUGAUGAAAUUCCCGGGCUUUAUAUCCAUGUGGAAAGU